AUGAAGCGAUCCAGGGGGUCAUGCGACGAGGGGAAUGACAGCAGCGAGGAGAGGAGGAAGAAGAAGAAGAAAAAGAAGAAGAAGAAGGCGUGCAGUGACAGCGAUGAAUCCGACGGCAGCCGGAAAAAGCGGAAGAAAAAGGGCAAGAAAUCGAAGACCAAAGACAAGAAGAAAAAGAAGGAAGAGGAGAAUUUUGCAGAGAUGUACGAACGGGAGCUUCGAGAUUAUCGCUCGGAAGAUUCCCACGAAACCGAAGAUGAAUACAACAAGAAAAAAGGUCACAUUGGAAGUCAUGUGGGCAUGUUGCUGAAACCCGUGAAGAAACUCCCAGCUCCUGAAAACGAAUAUUAUAAGGCCACAGUCUAUGAAGUCGUGACGGUGACGGGCGAUGUCCGAGGCGCAGGGACGGACGCCAAGAUCUUUGUGACUCUCUUUGGAGAAUUCGGCAUCACCCCGAAGGCCCACCUGACUAGCAAGAGCGAGAGUGCGUUUGAGAGGAGCAAAACAGACGUUUUUCGAGUGAGAACCAACAACGUGGGAACAAUAAGGAAGAUAAGAAUCGAGCACGACAACACGAGUAUGAAUCCCAGCUGGUUUCUGGACCGCGUGAUCGUCACCGACAUGAACAGGCCGCACCUCCGUUUUUAUUUCCCGUGCAACAAUUGGCUGAGCAAGGACGAUGGCGACGGACUGAACGUGAGAGAUCUGCUUGGCACCCUUAAUCCAAUGGACGUUCCUAAAGGAAAUAAAUAUAUUGUCAGAGUAUUCACAGGUGAUAUAAAUGGCAGCGGAACAGAUGCUGAUGUUUUCAUUAACAUCUUUGGCCAGUACGGCGACACAGGCGAGAGGAAGCUGGACAACGACAACGACAACUUUGAGCGAGCGCAAGAAGACAAGUUCACCCUGGAUGCUCCCAACAUGGGACGGCUCAGAAAGAUCAACAUUGGCCACAACAACAAGGGGGGCUCUGCGGGUUGGUUCCUGGACAAGGUCCUCAUUGAAGAUAUCGGCAACAAAGCCAACUACGAGUUCCCCUGCUACCGUUGGCUCGCGCUGGAUGAAGACGAUGGCAAGAUCCAGCGGGAUAUCCUGGUGGGAGGAGCGGAGGCGACGGGUAUGGUUUAUAACGUUGCAGUCAUGACUGGGGACGUCAGAGGGGCCGGGACCAACUCCAAGAUCCACAUUGUCAUGCACGGCUCCAAAGGGCUGAAAAACAGCGGGAAGGUUUUCCUGGAGGGAGGCGAGUUCGAACGUGCCCGGACGGACCUCUUCAACAUUGAGAUUGCAGCUCUUCUCAGUCCCCUGAGCCGCGUCUCCAUCGGACACGAUAACUGCGGCGUCAGCUCCGGCUGGUAUUGCGAGAAGGUGACGGUGUAUUGCCCGUUUACUGGCAUUGAGCAGACAUUCCCUUGUGGGAAAUGGCUGGAUGAAGACGAAGGCGAUGGGUUGGUGGAACGGGAACUCUACGAAAUGCUCUCGAUGCGUCAGAAGAGAUUGAAAAAAAAUCCUUGGUCGCUGUGGAUCUGGACAAGUGACAUGAGGGGGGCGGGGACAGAUGCCCCUAUCUUCUUCCAGAUUUUUGGUGACAAAGGAAAGUCAGACGAAAUGAAGCUGGACAAUAACUCGGAUAACUUUGAAGCUGGACAAACUGACAAGUUCAUGAUCGAACUCCCAGAUCUGGGCACCUUUUACAAGCUCCGAAUAUGGCACGAGAAGCGGACCCCAUUUGCCGGCUGGCAUCUGCAAAAGGUGACCAUCUUGAAAACACUGACGAAAGAGAAGUACACCUUUAAGUGCAAUCGCUGGCUGGACGUCAACGAAGACGACAGGGAGAUUGUGAGGGAACUCCCAGCCGAGGGCUCGCUCGUGACUGAGGUCAUGCCAGUGAUAAAGUACCGAGUGACCGUGCAGACCGGGUCGGUGAGUGGAAGCGGGACAGAUGCCAAAGUCUUUACUUGUCUCAUCGGGGACCAAGGAGAUACCGGAGACCGGCUCCUCAGCAAUAGCGUGAACACUACCAACAAAUUUGAGAAGGGCAGUAUCGACGAGUUCAUCAUUGAAGCGGUCGACCUGAAGCAGGUGAGGAGGGUGAGGAUAGGGCAUGACGGCAGAGGAGGAAGCAGUGGCUGGUACCUUGGAAAAGUGAUAGUGAGGCAAGACGGACAGCCAGAGAGUGAGGCUGUGGAAUUCCCCUGCUACAGAUGGUUUGACAAAAACGAGGACGAUGGACUGAUUAUUCGGGAGUUAGUGCCGGAGGGGCGAUCGUAUAUUCUGGAAAAUGUUGGUUACCACAUCAGCAUAAAGACCGGAGACGUCCCCGGAGCCAGCUCGGAUUCCAAGGUUUUGAUCAAGAUGUAUGGAGAAAAAGGAGACACCAAAAAAGAGUUUCUCUUGAUUUCUGAUAACGACUUAGAAGAUUACUUCGAGCGUGGCCGGAUCGAUAUCUUUACUCUAGACACAAGGGACAUUGGAAAGAUCAAACGGCUCCUCAUCGGGCAUGACAAUGUCGGGCUCCAGGCCGGCUGGCACCUUGGCAGCGUUCAGGUUACCAUUCCCGUUCACGGCCUGCAGUACAACUUCCCUUGCAACCGGUGGCUCGACAAGAACGAAGCCGAUGGGAGGGUGGAGAUAGAGGUCUACCCCAGCGAGAUCGUGCCGAUCGAGAUACUGAUAAAUUAUGAGGUCGUUGUAGUUACCGGUGACGUGCGGAAUGCGGGCUCCAAUGCCAAUGUCUUCAUGCAGAUGUACGGGGAGCUCGGGAAAACGGAAGUGCUGAUCCUGCAGAACAGGUCAAACAACUACGAGAGGGGAGCAACAGAACUCUUCAAGAUAGAGGCAACCGAUGUUGGCAAGAUCUACAAGAUCCGGAUCGGCCAUGAUGGGAGCGGCAUUGGGGAUGGCUGGUACUUGGAAACAGUCUCCAUUAAGAAGUUUGCCACCAAGGAAGAAAGGAAGAAGAAGAAGAAGAAAAGGAAGUCUGGCGACGAAGAGGAGAACGAACUGCCUUCGAUGGAAGGCACCAUUGAUACGUAUACAUUUGCAGCCCACCGUUGGCUGGCCAGCGACGAAGAAGACAAGGAACUCGUGGUGGAGCUGAUGCCGGAGGAGGGAUUGGAACCAGAGGCAAGUGUCAUUGUCUAUGAAGUCCAUGUCAUCACUGGGUCAGUGAUGGGCGCGGGGACAGAUGCGAAUGUUUACGUGGCCAUCUACGGGGAAAGGGGAGACACGGGGGAGCGUCACCUGAAGCGCUCGGACCACAUGAACAAGUUCGAGAAGGAUCAGGUGGAUAUAUUCACUGUCAAAGCUGUUGACCUCGGGGACUUAAAGAAGUUACGUAUUCGACACGACAACACUGGAAGCAAUCCAGCUUGGUUCCUGGAGAGAGUAGAGAUUAUUGACACCAAGGAGGAAACAACGUAUUAUUUCCCAUGUCAGAGGUGGUUGGCAGUGGAAGAGGACGAUGGGCAGGUGGCUAGAGAACUGGUGCCGGUGGCCGAAGCCUUUGUGAAGAAGGAUCCAAACAGUUCCAGUUCUGCUGCAACGCUGGGCCUGGAGCAGAAAG